AUGAACGCAGGUCUCGUGGCAAAAGGCCAGUGGGUAUUCGGGCAGGUCAAGCCUGAUCCGGUCCUCGCCAGCAUAGGCCUCACCCUGAACAAGACCGGCGGCAUGACCGUACAGUCGACCAUCAACUCGGGCCAGGGAAGCUUCACCCUGGGUGGAGGCGGCAGGACCAUCGCCUUCUCCGGCGUGACGUGGACCGAGCGUGGCCUGGGCGAGCUCCACGUCCAGGGCGACGCUAACGGCACUUUGAGGCAGCGAAUGAUUGAGGCUGAGCAGUUUCUGCGGGACAGGCUGUCAAGCGCGGCGGGAGUCUAUGACCUUUCACUCAAUGACACAGAUAAUGAGGACCAUGAGAUGGUGAUCAAGAGCCAGCAGGAUGGCACCAAACUCAUCUUCUUCAUCAAUGGAACAGAGCCUUGGAGCUGGUUCACGUACUGA